UGGGGCUGGGAGUCGCCGCAGACGCCAUUUCCUCAGCGCCCCCGCGGCGGCGCGGCUGCAUCAGCGCUGACGUGAGGCCGACGCGCGGCUGCGCCCGGCCCAAUCCCCCCCACCCCCUGUGACGGGGGCAGCACGUACAGGGCGGCGGUGCAGGGUUUGGUAGGAGAGAAAGGGAGCCGAAGAGAAUCAAGCUCUUGUUUUAAAACACACACCUUCCGUUAUGACUAAGUGUGCCAAGAAAUAUGGAAAAGCAACUGUCAGGUGCCUGAUAUACCUCCCUGUACUGCAUUAUUUAGAUGUGUAUGUAUUUACUUUUAGACAGAUGACCAUGGACAUGGUUGAAUCCCAACAGGAUGACAGUGCAGUGGAUUCUGUGCCAGAGGGAGAUGCUGGUCACCUUCAGAAUCAGCCAGGCCAAAGUCAGAUUUCCCCAGGAUCUGAGGUUUCUGUAGCUGCAUCAAGUGCUGGAAGAGGAUCUCCAGCUGUAACUCUAGUGCAGUUGCCUUCUGGUCAAACUGCUCAUGUCAAGGGUGUAAUUCAAGCCAUACAGCCCUCAGUCAUUCAGUCACCACACAUGCAAGCUGUUCAGGUAGCAUCGAUUGCAGAUGAAUCUGCUGAAUCAGAAGGGAUAAUUGAUUGUCAAAAACGUAGGGAAAUACUUUCAAGAAGGCCUUCAUACCGAAAAAUUUUGAAUGAACUCUCAUCAGAUGCUCCUGCAGUACCGAAGAUUGAAGAAGAAGAAAAGUCAGAAGAUGAAGGAGCGCCUUCUGGAAUUUCUGCAAUGGCCAUGCCAACCAGCCUGUAUCAUACUAACACAGGGCAAUACAUUACUAUAACUCAAGGUGGUACAAUCCAGAUUUCUAAUCCAGCCUCUGAUGGUGUCCAUGGACUACAGACAUUAGCAAUGACAAAUUCAGGAACUCCUCAGCCAGGUGCUACCAUUGUGCAAUAUGCAGGACAAUCACCUGAUGGCACACAACAGUUUUUUGUUCCCGGAAGCCAAGUUGUUGUUCAAGCUGCCACUGGAGACAUGCCAGCUUACCAGAUUCGAACUCCCACUACUACCUUACCUCAGGGAGUAGUAAUGGCAGCCUCACCAGGGACUUUGCAUAGCCCUCAGCAACUGGCAGAAGAGGCAACACGCAAGAGAGAGCUGAGACUUCUGAAAAAUAGGGAAGCUGCCAGAGAAUGUCGCAGAAAGAAGAAAGAAUAUGUCAAAUGUCUUGAAAAUCGUGUGGCUGUGCUUGAAAACCAAAACAAGACUCUCAUUGAGGAACUCAAGGCCCUCAAAGAUCUUUAUUGUCAUAAAGCAGAAUAACUGUCUUUCAUUUGGACCUCGUUUAUUAUGAACUUUAAUCAAGGCAUGAGAGGAAGCAAUUCUACAGAUUGCCAUAUGAACUUGAGAAAGAGACACUUGAGGCCCUUGUGGAACCCAGUUUUGCUUAGUGUUUUCAGACUGAUUUGGGAGAUAUUCCAAAAUUUGGAAUUCUGUCAUAGUCUCCAUACUCUGCUGAGCUUUCUAAUGGCAUGCAAAUGGCUUUUUUGUUUGCACUUUUUACUUCUGCUUUUUGCAGGGAAGCUGCUAAAGAAUGUCGACGUCGGAAGAAAGAAUACAUAAAAUGUCUGGAGAGUCGUGUUGCAGUGCUAGAAGUUCAGAACAAGAAACUUAUAGAGGAGCUUGAAACCCUAAAAGACAUUUGCUCUUCCAAAACAGAUUAGUAAAAAUAUUUAUUAUACUGUGAACUGACUAAAAUAUGUCCAGUUGCUUUAUAAGGCAAUACAUAGCCGACAUGAAUUAUGGCUUUCUCUUUGUGUCAUUUAUAUUAUUUUCCAACUCCUAACAUUCCUGAAAUGCUUUCCUGCUUUUUGUCAAUUCAUAGCUCUAAUUUCAGGUUUUUCAUGCUCCUCUCCUCCAUCUCCCAAGGAGCCAAAUGUUAAAAAUAUGUAACAAAGUAAAAAAGCGCGUAAUUUCUAAGAGCUGUUUCUUUGCCAUAUAUUUACAUACUACUUUUUACAUGUUACUGAGUGUCCUGCACAUACAAAAUAUUUUACAGUUGUUUUAGAUUAAUCAUAAAGAUAAUGCAUCCAGUAAUACAAGAAAAUCAAACAACCCAAGGUAUCUCAGGAAAGAGUUUAUAAAAGAAUGUUAUGAUUACAUGUAUGUACUAGCAUACUAGUCUACAGAUGAUUUUAUGGCAUAUUUUUAUAUUAGUUGCUUUGUGGAAAAAAGUAUUGUAUUGCUGUCACUGAGUGCCAUGGUUAAAGAUAGUUUUUAAUAGAACCAUGUUGUUUAA